GAUAUGACGCGAGAGUGGCGGAUGUUGCGUCGAUCAAUUUUCCCGCGUUUUGGAUAGUAGAGGAAAUAGUAGAGAAUUGCGGACACAAACAAGCGAUCUCGUGCUCCGACAUCCAACCACAACAACAACAUCAUCAACACGAGCCCGCCGCUCGUGAUCGCUCGCUGUGCUGUGAGUGAACGCGAGACAGUCGACAUGCCGCCGAAGAAGCGCAGCAGCGGGACCCCGCAGAAGAAAGAGUUGAAGGGAAACAUGAAGAGCGGAUCUCCCGACAGCAGCGAGAACGCUGUGCUGAGCCCCGAACGACACAAGGACAAGGAGCCUGAGUUUGUGUCUCUGAGUGAGGAGCUUCAGGCCACCAAUCCCAUCUGUGAUCAUGCAUGGAGAAUUUGGGAGAGGGAGAUCAGGUCAAUGGACAAGGCAAAUAUGCCAUAUUCAAACAGACAUCAGUGGGGAGCUUGUCUGUUCAUCGCAGGCAUGGAGCUUGAUGGCAUCAGCCUCACCUUCACUCAGUUCCUGAAAGUAGUUGGACUAAGUUUGAAGCAGUUCAUCAGUCUCGUGAGGAAGAUGGAUGUAAACGUGGACACAAUAAGCCCUAAAGUGAACACCGCUUUGAAACGACUGGAGAACAAGUACAAUGUGACACUGGCUCUCUACCAAAGAUUUGUGAAUGACCUUGUGAUAGGCUUCCAAUUGCUGCUCUGUGUUCUGGAAUUCUUCACCAAGCGUUUCACUCCUUCUCUGCUUCAGUCACCCUACAAGUCAGCGGUUAGUUCAUCCACGUUGAGUCCUCCAACCAGGACAUCCCGACGUAAUCAGGGCAAAGCCAAACCCCGUCCUCCAGAGAUGGAUGUGCAGUUGCUGGAAACACUGUGCAAGGAGAGCGACUGCGGUGUGGAUGAGAUAGAAACACUUUCCAAGCAAUACGAAGAGCUGUACCAUAAAAACAAGGACUUUGAUGCCAGGUUGUUCUUGGUUGAUGAUGAGACGCUUUCCCCCAACAAAACAGAAGUGUCAAAGGUGGAAAUGACUCCAAGAAAGAAUCUGUCUGGAGAUGACGUUGCAAUUCCAGUUCCACAGACCCCAAUCAGGGCUGCAAUGAACUCCAUACAGCAGCUCAGGGUUGAUCUCACCUCAGCCAGUGACCAGCCCUCAAGCAAUCUCCUAGUCUAUUACAAGAACUGCACUGUUGACCCAACCGAAGAGAUCAGAAAGAGGGUUGAAGAGCUGGGUCAGGUCUUCAUCAAGAGGUUUGCACAGGCUGUGGGCCAGCACUGUGAGGGGCUGGGCAGAAAGCGGUUUAAUCUUGGUGCCCAGCUCUACUACAAAGUCAUGGAGUCCAUGCUUAAAUCGGAGGAGAAGAGAAUAUCUGUCCAAAACUUCAGUAAACUACUCAACAAUGCAGCAUUUCAUACCUCAUUGCUUGCAUGCGCCCUGGAAGUUGUUAUGGCAACCUAUGUUGGGAACUCCUUAAAGAGUGGAGGUUUUGUCCGCAGCUCAGGAGCCAGUGAUUCCGUCGAAACUGAUCUGUGCUUCCCCUGGAUCUUAGACGUCUUCCAACUGCCUGCUUUCGACUUCUACAAGGUGAUCGAGAGCUUCAUUAAAGCCGAGCCCACCCUGAAACAUGAUAUGAUGAAGCACCUGGAGCAGUGCGAACAUGUCAUCAUGGAGAGUCUCGCGUGGAAAGCAGACUCUCCUCUCUUUGACCUCCUCAAACAGUCUCGUGAGGAAGGACCUGGUGAACAAGCAGAGCCCCCCGCGACACUAAACCAACCCCUGCAUCACAACCACACCGCUGCUGACCUGUAUCUCUCUCCUGUUCGACCGAGCCGACAACCCCCAGCAACAGAGGCCGAGCCCCCCACACCAGGCACCAAAGCACUCCGUUCAAACUCUCUGAGCCUCUUCUACAAAAAAUUGUACAGGAUGGCCUACAUGCGACUGAAAACACUGUUCUCGCAACUGCUGACCUCACACCCAGAACUGGAGCCAAUAAUAUGGACCUUGCUUCAGCACACCCUCCAGAAUGAGUAUGAAUUAAUGCGAGACAGACACUUAGACCAGUUGAUCAUGUCGGCUAUGUAUGCCAUAUGCAAGGUGAAGAACGUGGACUUGCGCUUCAAAACGAUUGUGACCGCUUACAAAGAGAUGCCUAAUACUAAUCAGGAGACAUUUAAGCGUGUGCUUAUCAGAGAGGGACAGUACGACUCCAUCAUUGUUUUCUACAACCUGGUCUUCAUGCAGAAGCUGAAGACUAACAUUCUUCAGUAUUCCUCUCCUCGGCCACCGCCUCUGUCUCCCAUUCCCCGCAUCCCCUGCAGCCCCUAUAAAAACUCUCCUCUGCGGGUGCCUGGCAGCAAUAACGUCUAUGUCUCCCCUUUGAAAAGCAGCCGUAUGUCCCCAGUGGUCAUGACCCCACGGAGCAGAAUUCUUAUAUCUAUCGGCGAAUCCUUUGGGUCUGCAGACAAAUUUCAAAAAAUUAAUGAGAUGGUGAGCAGCACCGAUUGGUCCCUCAAGAGGAGUCUGAAUGGAGGCUCCGCCCCCAAACCCCUGAAGAGAUUACGCUUUGACAUGGAUGGGCAAGAUGAAGCUGAUGGAAGCAAAUCGAGUGGCGAGUCAACACUGAUCCAGAAGCUGGCUGAGAUGAGCUCGACACGUACUCGUAUGCAGGAACAGAAACUGAAGGAGGAGUCCUUUAAAGAGCAUCCAGAGCCCUAAAUAAAUCCACUUUGUACUGCCUGAGAAAAACCACUCCUCCAUUGAAAGGGAAACGUUCACAUGCCUGGGUGUUUUGUUGCUACUACAUUUUGGACUCCUCCACCUGCACUGCAUUUCCUGAAAUAGCACAGGUGCUUUUUCUGUUAUAUCAUUUUAGUAUGUUUUAAGCGUGUGGGGGUCCAUGAAGGAGGUUUUAUUCUUUUAGUAAAUGACAUGACACAUACCUCAUUUUUGGGAUAGUUGACCCAAAAAUAACAAUUCUGUUAUCAUUUACUGACCCUCAAAGUUGUUCCAAACCUGUAUGAAUUUCCUCCUCCUGCAGAACACCAGAGAACAUAUUUUGAAGAAUGUUGGUAACCAAACAGUUGAUGGACUCCAUUGACUUCUA